AUGGAACAGCUUUCAGGAUCCCAAAAUGAAAGCAGUUCUGCUGGCUCUCACAACAACCCAUCUUCCCUCAACCCAACAAUCCCGCACUGCCUUUACCUCCAGCAAGGUAUGGGAGGGAUCUAUACCUUCCCGACAGACUUUCUCGACCCGCAGAGCACCAAUCUACUUCACGCGACUGCCAUCGGUACCACGGGCUGCAUGUCGUGUGUCGGUGUAUACAUUCCGAUCGAUGACAACCGCUGUUUUGCUGCUCACAUAGAUGCUUCGAUAUACAAGCCUUAUGAAAGAAACAUGAGUGUCUGGCAGAUUCCCGACAAUCUUGGUCCAUCUCUCAGGAACGUCGUCCGGGGUAUGCUGGAGAGUACAUUCAAAGGUAAGGAGCACGAAGUCAAGUCCAUUCAGCAAAGGCAAGAUUUGAAAGACAGAGCCAUCAUUGUCUGCUUCUGGCCAACAGUCGGUCAGCAAUCGGGACCAGGUCCACACGUCAUCGACACCCUCUGCGAGUACUUCCACCUAGACCAGAAGAAGUUGAUAGGAGCAAACGCAGUUCAUCAUGGUUUCAUCGUCGACCACUUUGAUAAGCUAUCUCAAAGAACUCGCUUACUAGGAUGGACGCGGCCUGGACCAAGUCCCCAAGUCCUUGAUGAAAUAGCCAAGCUUGCUGACAAUUGUACAACGCGGCCAUGGGGUGACAACUUUCGUUCAAUCUUUCAAACGACAUACGAGUAUGUAAUGCCAUCGACGCUAGGAUGCCAACGUAUCGGCAAAGAGCAGGAGGCCAGACCAUGGGUAUUUGGGUAUGAUUACAGCCAAGGUGCUUGGGGUGUUAGAGAGUAG